UGCUGUGUUUUCAGUUCAGCUCGUCGACUGAUAAGGUGAUGAAUUACUAAAAUUAGAACUAAAAUUCGUCCUUUGGUUACUGCAAUUGCACGUACAACUUGAUUUUAAGCAAUACAACUUUCAACACGUACUAUACAGUCGUUCCUGUUAUUCAAAUAAACUUCAAUCAUGUUCGGGUACAGCAAAUUGAAGCUCCUCGGUAAUUUAGGCAGGAAGGAGGUGAUAUUUCAGUGUAUUCGGCAGGAAACAACACUUUCUCAUGAAGUGGUCUCCCAUGAGCUAAUUAAGCAUCCUCAACAUAAGAAACAGGCUGUAUUACCCAAAGCCCGUUAUGGUGGUCGACAUGCGGUUACAAUGUUACCAGGAGGUGGCAUUGGCCCCGAACUCAUGAGCUAUGUGAAAGAAGUUUUCAAAUACGGCGGUGUACCUGUUGAUUUUGAAAUCGUCCAAAUUGACCCUACUAGCGAUAGCAACGAAGAUUUAGAAUACGCCAUUACAUCUAUUAGAAGAAACGGUGUAGCGAUCAAAGGCAACAUUGAAACGAAAAGUUUGGAUACCGGAGUAAUCUCUCGUAACGUUGCCAUUCGAAACGAACUCGACUUAUACGUCAACGUGGUUCACUGCAAAUCGUAUUCUGGAAUAGAUGGCCGUCAAAAAGGCAUAGAUAUCGUAAUAGUGCGACAGAAUACCGAAGGCGAAUACGCCAUGUUGGAACACGAAAGCGCUCAAGGUAUCGUAGAAUCGAUGAAAGUUAUCACUGCCCAAAAUUCGGAACGAGUUGCUCGAUAUGCUUUUGAAUUCGCUAGACAGAAUGGUCGCAAGAAGGUUACAACUGUUCACAAAGCCAACAUCAUGAAACUAUCGGAUGGCUUAUUCUUAGAGGUAUCCCGCGAAGUAGCCAAAGAUUAUCCAGAAAUUCAACACAACGAUAUGAUUAUCGAUAACACUUGCAUGCAGCUUGUAUCAAACCCUCGCCAAUUCGACGUCAUGGUUAUGCCUAAUUUAUACGGUUCUAUUGUUUCCAAUGUGAUUUGUGGUUUAAUCGGAGGUGCUGGAUUAUUAUCUGGUCGUAAUUACGGAGAUUACUACGCAGUUUUCGAACCUGGUACCAGAAAUACAGGAACUGCCAUUGCUGGUAAAAAUAUAGCUAAUCCUGUCGCAAUGCUGAGUGCUUCGGUCGAUAUGUUAUACCAUUUAGGAUUGAGAAGUUACGCUGAGACAAUUCAAAUGGCCAUUGAAAAAACCAUGAACGAGGAUUUACUUCAUACUUCAGACCUGAAAGGAAGCGCUACCAGUCUCGAUGUUGUCCAGAACAUCAUCAAACAUGUUCAAACCUUAUCUGCCAAUUGAACUGUCGCGAUUUUACGAUGCUGAUUGCGAAUUACGGUUCAGUAUCGACCCGAAAAAGAACGCAUCCAUGGGUUACACGACCAACGUUGUUCAUCAUCCUUACGUCAAGUUCCCAUAUCGUGUUACUCUGUAGUUAUUUCAUCGUUUCGCUUACAAUUCAAUUUUCUAUUUACGUUUACCCUAGUUUUAACAGUAUUUAAAAUAUAUUUCAAAAAUAAAAAAAAAAGUAAUAAAAAUACGAUACUAGUCACGAAGAAUUAUGCGCGAGUACCAGAAAAACUCAUCUUACAUGCGUCGUUUGUAUAAAAUUCUCAUUUUAACGGAUAUUUUGUUGAAGUUUUCGUUUUAAACAAUAAUUAUUAUUAGGUAUCGUGUAAAAAAUUGUAUUCAAAUUAAAUACACAUUACAUCUAUA